AUGAAUCAACACUCUCAUCAAAAUCCUCCCAAGGAAAGGGAGAACCGAGACCUUGAGCAAGCACAACCCGAGCAUGAGAAGAGUGGUUCAGAGCCACCAUCGAAACUUGUGAAAUGGGAAGGUCUUGACGAUCCCGAAAAUCCAAAGAACUGGAAGACAAGCAAAAAGUGGAUGGCAGUGAUUACUGUGUCGUGUUUUACAUUCAUAUCCCCAGCCUCAUCCUCCAUGGUAGCGCCUGCCCUCAGUACCAUGGCGAAGGAAUUUCACAUCCACGACGAGAUCGAGUCUCAAAUUAUGUUAUCAGUCUUCGUCCUGGCAUAUGCUGUCGGGCCACUUUUUCUCGGCCCUCUCUCAGAGAUCUACGGCAGAGUGCCCGUCCUCCAGCUGGCUAACCUAUUCUACCUUGUAUUCAAUGUUGUUGGGGGAGUAGCAAAGUCCAAAGGCCAGAUGAUCGCGUUUCGCUUUCUUGCAGGACUAGGGGGUAGUGCUCCUCUAGCUAUCGGAGGCGGCGUAUUGAGCGAUCUGUUUACAUCCGACGAACGUGGAAAAGCCAUAGCUAUCUACAGUCUUGCACCUCUGCUCGGCCCAGCCAUAGGACCCAUCGUGGGUGGAUUCAUAACAGAGAAUACCUCCUGGAGCUGGAUUUUCUACGUCACAUCCAUCGCCGAUGGCGUGAUCCAGCUGUUCGGCCUCUUCUUCCUUCGCGAGACAUACACUCCCGUGCUGCUCAAGCGCAAAGCCAAAAGGCUUCGUAAGGAAACCGGAGACCCCGGAUACCAAACAGAGGCCGAGAUGUCGCACGACCAAACUGCCCUCCACAUACUACGUGGUUCCCUAGUCCGUCCCUUCAAACUCUUAACCACGCAACCCAUCGUCCAAUUCAUCGCCGUCUACAUGGCCUUCAUGUACGGCCUAAUGUAUCUCGUGAUGGCCACAUUCCCCACUCUCUGGACAGGCUCCUACAACGAGAGCAUCGGCAUCGGGUCCUUGAACUACAUCGCCUUAGGUCUGGGCUACUGGGCCGGCUCCCAGAUCUGCGCCCUGCUGAAUGACCGCAUCUACCGCAGACUCAAGCAGCGAGCCGGACAGGGGAAGCCAGAGUUCCGGGUCCCGCUGCUCGUUGUCGCCGUCGUGUUCACGCCCAUUGGGCUUUUCAUAUACGGCUGGACCGCCCAAGCACACACGCACUGGAUUGGACCGGAUAUUGGCGCCUGCGUCUUUUCCAUCGGUAUCAUCACCGCUUACCAAUGUAUGCAGACCUACAUCGUGGAUGCUUACACGAGGUACGCGGCCAGCGCACUGGCCGCGGUAGCUUGUUUACGUUCGCUGGCUGGAUUCGGGUUUCCGCUUUUUGCCCCGUAUAUGUACCAAGCGCUGGAUUAUGGCUGGGGGAAUAGUCUUUUGGCCUUUGUAUCCAUUGGACUCGGCUUGCCGGCGCCUAUCUUCUUGUGGCUCUAUGGUGAGAGGCUGAGGAAGAUAAGUACAUAUGCUGCUGGCUGA